CUGGCUUCUAGCGCGCGCCUUCCGCUUGUGAAGCACGAAGCCGCGCCACUUUUGCGCUGUGGAGCAUGCGGGCCCCCUGCUGGUCGAGAGGAGGCUCGCGAGAGUGGGAGCUGCGUAAAGGGGCGGCCCGAAGAAGCGGCGGCGGAGGCGGCGCGAGAUAUUUCAUCAUGAGUGUGGACUGGAUUGGUGCUGCUUAUGCUGCAGUUGUGGGUCUUGGAGGUGCAGUCGGAUAUAUUCGCAAAGGCAGCAAAAUCUCUUUGGUGGCUGGCCUUGUCUUUGGCGUAUUGGCUAUGUAUGGAGCCUACUGUGUAACACAUAAUCCCAAAGAUGUAAAGGUAUCUUUAUUCACAGCAUUCAUUCUGACCACUGUAAUGGGAGUAAGAUUUAAGAGGACCAAGAGAUUAAUGCCAUCUGGAAUCAUAGCAGGUCUAAGCCUUCUGAUGAUUUUGAGACUGGUGCUUUUGCUGGUAUGAGAUGAAAACAGCAAGAAUCAGUAUUCAUAUCAUUCCACGUGAGCCAUCUUUGUACUUUGAAUGUCUCUGCAGAAAUAUGCAGUGCUUUCUUUUGCUACUGAAUGAACAAAAUAUGUUGCUACUCAUGGAUAUUGGGCUUCAUUAUUUCCUUAAUGAUAAUUUGAUAAUAUCUCUGUGUUUGUUAAGGACAAGUGACAAGUUUGUCCAGUUAAACAUGUACUUUGAGGAAGAAGGGGAAUUGGAAGUAAAUACAUUUUCAGUUAUACCUUUCUCCCAAAUAAAUAAAUGACUUUUGAAACUCAGGUAAUUAUGUCAUAGGACAAAUAUAUAGGCCUGCAUUGAAAAUUACCAGUCAUGCUAUGGAGUGGUUCAGACUUGUCUAUAUAACAAAUAAUUGGAUAGGAAUGAUGCAUAUUGUAUUGCAAUGAAGAACAAGGAUUUAUUUUGCAUUUCUUAAAUGCUGUCAAUUUCUACUCCUGUCUGAAAAUUACAAAGAUAGAAGCUACCAAAACUGAAAUAAAGUUUAAUAAUUUGAAAGAC